AACAGACCUCCACAACCCUAACCCUAGACAUACACCCAGACCAGACACACACAGCAAACAGACCUGAAGGCACAGACCGACCGGCAAGUCACCGUAGAGAACAGAGGACGCACACGAGACAACACCACACACAAACACGCUCAGAAACUCAGGAGCUCACUCUGAGACGCAUCCUCAGAGACACACACUUGGGAGAGCCAUCCAAGCCCCACGAGAGUGGAGCUCAUCAGAUAACAACACGGGCAGGAGAGACGACAGCAGUAGCAGCGGCAUUGUCAGCCACUGAGAGAAAGGGAGAGAGAGAAGGAGUCAUACCAUCUGAAGCGUACACAGAGAGAGACAGAGACAUACCAUCUUAAGUGUAUGCAUCAGAUUACUCACACCAGAAACUGCUGAACUCUCACAAACUCUCUCUCACACACACACACAAAUACACACACACACACACAUACACACACAUACACGUACACACAUACACACAGCACCAUGAGCAUGAGCACUCGGCAGCUGGUGAAUGGGCUCGGUGUGUCGGACUCCCUGGCGAUGGUCAACGGUGGGCAGCUGAUCUCAGGGCUGGCGCUUCACCGACUGCACGGGCGACCGGACGGGGUGUUGGGUCUGAUCCAGAGGUCUCUGCAGGCCAAGGAGAAUGCCUACUGUCCCUACAGCAAGUUCCGAGUCGGAGCUGCCGUCCUGGCACAAGACGGCACAGUCUUCACAGGUUGUAAUGUAGAGAACGCCUGCUACAAUCUGGGUGUGUGUGCGGAGCGUAACGCGAUCGCCAAGGCUGUAUCCGAGGGUUACAGGGACUUCAAAGCCAUCGCCAUCGCCAGUGACCUGUCUGACCAGUUCAUCUCCCCCUGUGGAGGCUGCCGGCAGUUCAUGAGGGAGUUUGGUGCUAGUUGGGACGUGUACCUGUCUAAGCCCGACGGCUCGUAUGUAGAGACGACUGUGGACGAGCUGCUACCCGGAUCAUUUGGACCAGAGGACCUCAAGAUGAAGAAACUACACAUCCCCAACGAGUUUUAAUUAAUCCCUAACGAGUUCUAAUCACAUCCCCAACGAGUUUUAAUUAAUCCCUAACGAGUUCUAAUACUACACAUCCCCAACGAGUUUUAAUUAAUCCCUAACGAGUUCUAAUCACAUCCCCAACGAGUUUUAAUUAAUCCCCAACGAGUUUUAAUUAAUCCCUGACAAGUUCUAAUACUACACAUCACAAUCACAUUGUUAACGAGUUCUAAUCACAUUUUCAAUGAGUUCUGAUCUGAUACACAUCACUAUAGGCAUGAAUGGCCAUCCGGGUACUUUGCUCGUAAAUGUGCGUUACGCCCCUUUGUGGGGGAAAUCAAACCGAAUGUCUCAUCAACUUACAUGCUACACCGGCUUGCCUAAAUGAACACAGUCCAUGCUUCAGCCACAGCUGUUUGGCUAUAUUAUUAGAACAGCCGGCAACACAACACAUUUUCGGCAUGUUGCGCGUGAAUAAUGCUAGUCUAGAGGUCCUUAUUUUUUGUUUAUUAAACCCCACCACCACCAAUUGACUGUUUUCCCCCACAAAUGUGCGUAACGCACAUGGAAAACGUCACGCCGUCCAAGAGUAUCGAGCUGCUAUCUGGAUCGCAGCGGACCUCAAGAUGAAAAAAAAACUACACAUCCCCCAACGAGUUUUAAAUAAUCCCUAACGAGUUCUAAUACUACACAUACCUAACGAGUUGCAAUACCCGUUAUGAGUUCUAAUCCUCAACAGAUUUCCAUGACAAAUAAGUUUUAAUCACAUCCCCAACAAGUUCAAAUGUAUCGUUGCAAUGUUAGUUAUUGUUUAUGUCCCUUUUUUGUUGAGUUUCUUUAGGUUUUUUUUAAAGUGUUUGCUUAAUGUAAUGUAAUAUUCUGACUGUGGAACAAAUCUCUUACAUCAAAUCGCUUUGGAUAAAAAAACAUUUUGUUUAAUGUAAUGUAAUGCAAUGUAAAAUAAUAUUCUGAUUACAGUUAAUACUCCUGAUAUGUAUUUGUAAAAUGCUGCCUAAGGCAGGUGUCAGGUGUCAGGUGACAGGUGACAAAAGGUCUUUCCAAUCAGUGAACUGAAAUGAUUUUGACACCCCAGCCUAGGACAAAAGGUCUUUCCAAUCAGUGAACUGAAAUGAUUUUGACACCAAGGAAGUUAGUAAGUUGCCCCCCCCAUCAGGUGCUCAAAAUAAGAGUUGCUUUGGAAUACCCCCAUGGUGCUGCCCUAUCAAAAUAAGAGUUGCUUUGCAUCCAGUAGUAGAGAACACUUAAGUGGUUUAAUGCCAAGUGUCAUUAUUAAUGAUGUUAGGACACUUUUAUGUGAUUUAAUGAACAGAGAACACUUUUUAAGUGUAUAUGG